AUGGAUUCAACCAGCCAAAACGCUACUCCUGUAUAUGGUCAAGGGUCUAACCCUUCCGGCCAAACAGAAACGAAUCGAUAUGCUCCAAGCGGAUCAGCUCCUGUGAGACUGCAAUGCUCCAUAUCUACAUCAGAUAUGGGAAAUCUCGGAACUGCUGCAUCUGCAGCUCGUUCGGGUGUGAAUAACCCGAGUCUGAACACCGGAACUCUGGUCGGAGGAAACCCAUACAUCUGGCGGAGCUGCAGAAAACGUUGGAGCUCCUGGUCGAGAGAACUUGAAUUAGGAAACGACUUUCCAAGCCUUGAUGGAGAGAACUCGAAAUCAGGAAACGACUUUCCAAACCCUGAUGGAGAGAACUGGAAACCAGGAAACGACCUGCCAAGCCCAGUCGCAAGGAUUCGAGAGCAACUUGAACGAGGUCCGUCUCUGGAUGUUCCCCGUAGCUCGACUCGCGAACGAGAAAAUGGACGCAAAACGAGCCCGUUGCACCGCACGCAUCUCAACUUCAAGCCCUCAGCUGGAACCCCGGGAACAGGGAACCAGAACCAGAUGUUCCUACACGCAGGAGUUCUCCCCGGUAGAUCACACCAUCAAACCCCGAUCCUUAACAGAUCAAACUCGCAGGGAGCAUCAGUUCGCGAGAACGAGCAGCUCCCACCGCCACCUCCGACUGUGCUCGGAUCGAAUCUGACACCAGCAACAGUCGCUUCAGCAUCGAAAGGCGCGACAGCCUCUCUGUCAUCAAGCAUCGAGCAGAGGCUUGAUAAUAUUAAUCAACAAAAUAUCGAAAGGAAUGCUUUAACUUUCGAACAGCUAAAGUCAUAUGUGCAUGCAGCUACGAGCUCUGCACCGACAUCGAUUUAA